AAAGAAUGAGAGGGUUUCGCCUCCUUCGAUAUCCAUUGAAGCGCCUGUGCUCAUCGACUUUGAACGACCAGUACAAGCUGUCUAAAUCCUGGACUCUAUAGCUAUGGAGGCGACGACGGAGCUGGCCACUGGAGCCAUCUACUUCCAGAACUCCUGCGCUCCUGAAGGUGCGCGUGGGCUCUGAGGUCUGGUGGCCGGCGAGCGUGGGAUGCCGUGUGUUUGCCUCGGUCGGGAUUCGGGGACUUUUUCCUUCGGGUUCCGCGGAGAUGAUGCCAUCACCUCCUCCGCCCCUGCGACCAAAGUCCUCUUCCCGACGGGAAGGGGGGCCGUCGGCCGCAGGUUCGGUGCUCUUCCUUCAACAAUUGUAGUUAAAUUUUAUGACUGAGUUCAUGUUCCGAGGAGCACCGCCGCUCUCUCUAUCCGGUGGGAGAUUCCUGAAUCCAAUCCUGCAUCCUUUGAAAAGCCGGUAUUAGUGAAAGAGCUGAUUUCAGCGCGUUCCCAGGAUCAAGCAAUCUUGAUCGCAAGUGCUGAAAGUUUUUGCCAGUGAGGGCAUCAUGGCUGCUACCCCGCUUCUAAUAAUCGUCGCUCUGCAGAUUCCUGUGACAACUUCUGAGUUCCGUUUUCUACUGGCAUUUGACGUUGCGAAUUCGUCGACAUUCGUCUCAUGAAGGACACGCUGAAAAGUUUAAAAGCAGAGAGUUAUCGAUUGCCCGGGGCUAGUGCUUUGUAAGGACUGCAAAGGGGCCUUGCCAAGACGGACACUGCCCGUCAUCGAGACUCUCGACUGUCUGAGAAUACUGUACUGAAGACUGUCUGAGAGCACUGUAAUCAAAAGAGACCCGAACGCUAAUGCGUUCAGCGAGGAUCACGGAACCUGCUGCAUCUGCUCCAGAGCCUAUACCCAUGCCCAAACCCACCCAAGCCUAUGCGUUAUGGGUGGGUUUUGGGUGACAUUAUUUUUCCUUGGGCAUGGGUGCGCACAAGUAAUGCUAAUGGCAGUGUUUGCCAAGAUCCAACCGAGAAUUUGCGUAAUUGGAGUAGCGUGGGUGGGUAUGGGUGGGCUUCGGUCGCUGCUGAUGGUUAUGGUCUGGUCUGGAUGCAGAUUUGAAGCAAAAUGUUGGCCUCUGAUCUGCUUUGUUCUUUUGACCGCGGUGUCACCCUGCCGCUCGGGCUACGCACUUCGCGGAUCAACAGCCGACGUCGCUGUUCGUCCUCCGGACGGCUCUCGACCUGUGGCCGCACUGCUCGGCUGCUCUUUCACUGAGGGGAGGACGCACUACCACGCGCCGCUCGCUCUCCUAGAUCGUCCCCGAGGAAAAAACCAGACUUUGAAGGAAGUAUUUCGCGCCGCACACACCGCGCGGUUGGUCGUCCGCACUGUGUGCAAUCUUACUUGCGUGACGGCUGGGGAGGUAGGUCGUCCGCACCGCGCGCAGGUCUGCCUUCGCCCGAUUUUGCGCGUCGGCCUCCCUCUCGCGGCCUUGUGCUCUUUCUUGCCGCAAGGGCAGAAUCUCAUUCCAGCCAGUUUCCUGGCUUAUGCAAACUGGCAGGAAUGAGAUUCUGCCCUUGCGUCCACCCUAUAUUGCAGACAUGUGUCCUGCAUGCGAGAGUAUUCCGCACGUGCUCUCGUAGAAGAAUUUGCAUCAACGGACCUCGGAUUUGGCACCGCAGAAGCAUGAGACUUGUACCAGCUGCAGGGUCGAAGGGCAUGGCCCCGGAUGACAAAGGAGUCUGCAUUCGUGUCUGCAUUAUACGAUGAGUUGCUUGCCACAUCUUUCUUCGCAAGUGUGAGUAGUGACGGUGAACAGAAGUUGAUGUUCAGAAAUGAAGUAAAAAGAAGACAAUAAUCCGUCCCGGCGAAGUUGUCCAUGCCAGCCAUUUCCUGCCUUCUAAUCACGAGCUUCGAGUCCUGUUGAGGUCCUAAGGUCACAUCAUGGUCGAACAUCAAAGUGCUCCCAAAUGCCAGUGUGAUCAGCUCAUGACCAUCCUUGUCGGGCCAUGUGACGAUAUUGACUUCAGCAGAAACAAUUUGGCUGCCUGCUCGUGGAUCCAACUUCAAAUCCUGGUCAAUUCCAGUCCACAAGGAGCCGCACCAGUAGUGAUCUUAACCAGAAAACUCAUAUCAUAUCGAUCAACUUCCUUGCUUUUGGCAAGCAUAAUAAUGAUAGGUGGUACCACGGGAAGGUUGGUAAUUUUGUAUGUCUGAAUGGAACUAAGAAGCAGCUGCGCGUCGAAUCUGGGUAUAAUGAUCAAAGCUCCCGGUCUAAAAUAUUGCGCAAUGCUCACCACGGCCAGCCCAUAAACAUGAUGACCAUGUAUCUCCUGUCCCUGAUCUCUGGACGAGCAUCAUAAAGAAGCUGCAGAAUGACAGCCAUGAUAUUCCAAUGAGUGAGCACCACUCCUUUGCUCAUUCUUGUGGUUUGUGAAGAGUACAAAAGCGCAGCUAACAGAAAUAGAACUAUUUCGGGUGAGUCGUUUCUUCACAAUAGACAUGACACUUGGUUUUAGCCAAGUGUCCUGGUUCGCACCGUCGUCAAAAGUCUGCCUUAGCCUUUUGACGACAUAUGCAUAGCAUUGUUUGCACUCAGAGAAUUUGUUCUGUUCCAGAUUCUUCCUUCAACUCCAGCUGAAAGGCAUAUUUAGGUUUUCCAGAACUGAAAGAAGGUGCUUUGAUAACUAUCAGUUUUCUUUUCCUGAACAGUUGAACAGGAAUUGAGUGGAGCCGCUGCUUUUUUAUGCAUAUGAUGUUGAUGCCCUCGGUAAAAAUAUGUGUUGUGGCUUUCCUGUUCAAAUCUGAUUUACUGAACAAUGGGAACUGAAGUUCACGUCCUCCCUUCACCCUAGUAUCCUCUCUCUUUCCGGGUGGUAACUCCGUCUAGAACUGACCAUUCAGCACUCGGGGUUCUGCUCACGGAACAUGCUAUGCACUUUGUGUGGAGUCUGUUGAGCUAUUGUAAAGGCCUGGUAUGCGAGGCAUGUUGAUUUGAACGUUUUCGGUUCGUACCCCCAGUAUGGUACUGUUCUCGUGCCAGCAUUUUGAGUUGCUUGUGGAAAGCUUUGCGAUUUUUGUGAAAAGCCAAACUCUCACUCGAUUGUUAGUAUCUGGACACUGAGUUGUCGAAAUCUCAACACUCGAUGCCAGCUUGUCUUUUCUUUCGUCCUUACUUCUGUUGAUUCAGCUGAGUGGGAUCAAACUCUCAUCGGAUCUCGGUUACUGUCUGUCUGUCGGAGCUUUUCCGUCCAUAUUCUUGCUUGUGAACUGAGCUAGUUUUAGCUAAGAAGAAGAAGAAAAAUUUGUUCUUUUUAUUUCAAUGCCUAGCUCGUAUUUUCCUCCACAACAGGCUCACAAGUCAAAUUUCACUUACUUGUUAUGCAAGGUCCUUUGAUUGGUGUUAUCUUGUCGAUGCUUCGAUGCCGAGUACUUAGGGUAAUCUACUAGAAAGUGUUUUUGUCAUCAUAUCUCUCGCGCUGACCUUGUUGAUGCCAUCGUUGCUUAACUUGCUACAUGCAAACAAGACAAUCGCAUCUGCCUGUAGUUUAUGUGUGUCGGCUCAAAUUGUGUGAGCCGCUGCAAGUUGUACCUCCUCGGAUUUCCAGCCAUCGGAAUCUCUCUCUCUCUGUGUUCGGCAGAUUUUUCAGCGGGAGCUUUUCAUAAGCCCGUUGCAUUGUGCUUAGGCAUUUCGUUUUUUGUACUUUCAUAACUGCACUCUGUUUCUUCAGACCCCAGUAUCUCUAGCUCUAAGCCCUAUGCCAUCAUUGGUCUACCAUGGGUGUGGGCAACAUAUAUCGGUUUGUUAGGUUUUGAUUUCACUUCAGGAAAUGACUAUUUUACUCACUGAUGAAGUAGCCGGACUCUGUUACGAUUAUGUGAUGCCACGAGUAGACCUUGUCUGUGGUCCCUGUUUCAUCUUUUGUCUGUCUAUCAACUGAAAACAACAAGAGGGUGGAGGCUUUUUCCCCCUUCAUGUGCACACCUCGUUCUGUGUCUUCUACGAUGGUUCAUCUACGUGAUGCAUGAACCAUAGCGCGUCAGGGGAGUCGUGGAAAUUACGUGUAUCUUAUCAGGUUUAAGCCAGUAUCAAAACCUAAAGCAAAACAGAUGAGGUCGAGUGCUGGGCAUGAGCACCGUAUUCGACCUUGACGAGGAUCAUGUGCACCUGCCUGUAAUGUGCCCGAAGGUAUGAAGGGUUUAGAGAGUAUCCAAUUGCAAAGGGAAGCCAUCAAGCGAGCCAGUCCAUAUAAGCGAGCCAGUCCAUAUACAGGCCUUCUCCUGACUUGCGCACCUUCGUCAAAAGUCUGCCUUAGGCUUUUGACGACUGAUGGAGAGCAUUGUUUGCACUCAGAGUGAACAAUGCUAUGGAUGGUUCAAAGCAUUAUUGUAUUGAGCUUAUUCCGCAUUCACAAAUUCACAAAUGUGUCUGCUCUGUAUGUGUGGGUGCAGAAAAUGAAUACCUGUCUCGGGAUCACUCUGCUGGUGGUGCUGUGCUGCACGAGCUGGAGCAGUGCAGGCACAACGAGUCGAUACAUGCGUAGAUUGGAAGAAGGUGUUGACCUCCCGGAAAACAGUACUUAUUUCAAGAUCCCCAAAGGAUAUAAUGCUCCUCAACAGGUACAUAUACAUCAAGGAGAUUUCGAAGGAAAAGCUAUCAUAAUAUCAUGGAUCACCCCGGACGAAGCUGGAGAUAGUAAAGUAUUGUACGGGAAAGCUCCAGGUUCCAAGUACACCACGUCUGUCACGGGAGAAGCUAGCACUUACAGCUUCUACACUUACAAAUCUGGAUAUAUUCACAAAGCUGUAAUUAGCGGCCUUGAAUUUAGGACCAGGUACUAUUACACGUUGGGAACUGGAGACGCAGCUCGAGAAUUCACGUUCGUGACACCUCCAGAAAGCAAACUGGAGACCCCUUACGCCUUCGGUGUUAUUGGUGAUCUUGGGCAGACUAUGGAUUCAGUGUCUACACUCCAGCACUAUAUGAAGAGUUUCGGACAAACAGUUUUGUAUGUAGGAGACUUGUCUUACGCUGAUGCCUAUCCUUUUGACAAUAACGUUCGCUGGGAUACGUGGGGUCGACUGGUGGAGCCUAGCACAGCAUAUCAGCCGUGGAUCUGGACAGCAGGCAAUCACGAAUUAGAUUACCUUCCUGAAGUUGGUGAAACUAUCCCUUUUCAGCCAUACAUACAUCGAUAUCAUGUGCCAUUUGAGGCUUCAGGAAGCACAUCUCCCCUGUGGUACUCGAUCAAGCGAGGACCUGCCACAAUCAUAGUUUUGUCUUCUUAUUCAGCCUAUGGAAAGUAUACACCGCAAUAUCAGUGGUUUUUGCAGACCUUGGAAGCUGUGGAUAGAAGCGUUACUCCAUGGUUGAUAAUUCUGGUGCAUUCACCAUGGUACAACAGCAACAGCUAUCACUACUACGAGGGUGAAACUAUGCGAGUCAUCUUCGAACCAUUUGUAGUGAAAUACAAAGUUGAUAUAGUUUUUUCAGGACAUGUGCAUGCAUACGAAAGAACAUAUCCGGUUUCCAAUGUUGAAUAUAACAUUGUGAACGGACUAUGUACACCUAAGAAUGACAACUCUGCACCAGUUUAUGUGGUUAUUGGAGAUGGCGGUAAUGUGGAAGGACUGUCGGGAACAUUCACGGACCCUCAGCCUGCAUACUCAGCUUUUCGAGAGGCGAGUUUUGGACAUGGAUUAUUGGAGAUUCAGAACCACACUCAUGCCUACUUCACUUGGCAUCGCAACCAGGACGGUGAGAGAGUUUCAGCAGACUCGGCUAUGUUUUUGAACAAAUACUGGACCUAGUAGCAGGAGUAGUAGCGCAACUGUAAAUACUGGACCUAGUAGCAGGAGUAGUAGCGCAACUGUAAAUAUGUUACUUGCUCUUUUACCCUCAGUUAAACUCCUGCUCACUGAGUUUUGGCACAAAGAGUUUUCGGGACUUUAUAAACAACUCCAAGCGGAGAAAAUGUAAAAAAAUAAAACUGAUUUGGAAAGUCCCGAGAGAGCGAGUAUCUUAAACUCUGAGAAAAUGUUAAAAAAUAAGACUGAUUUGGAAAGUCCCGAGAGAGCGAGUAUCUUAAACUCUGUUUAGUGAGUUUUGGCACCAGGAGUUUUAGGGAGUUCAAACACCUCCAUGUGGAGAAAAUGUGAAAAAAUAAAACUGAUUUGGAAAGUCCCGAGAGAGCGAGUGUGUUUGAAGAUGCCACAAGUAUGGCAUUUUUCAAAAAACAAUAUCUCGUGCGCCAGUUGAAGUCUGACAAAUGAAAACAUUUGUCAAACUUCAUCAAGGAUUAAUAAAGACUUGCUUGUGUCCAUCUGGUCUCUUGCAGCUGUUCAUAUUUGAAAGUGAAAGUGCUUUGGCUGAUGACGAGUGUUGUGAACCACAUUACCGUUACUGCAUGGUGAGCGACAGUAAUAAGCCUUGUGCGAAACCAUAAACGCACUGUGUUCUAAAUUCAUGAGCCGAGGCACGAGCUCGUAGGUGAC